ACGUGUCGCUAUUAUUUGCUAUUAUACACACAAUACAACGUAGAGAACAGGUCUAUUGACAGACGUUGUUGACAUUUUGUAUUAAUAUUACCGCGUUUAUUUAUAAGUUCAAUUUGUGAUAGUUAUGAGUUCUGAGAGUCCUGUAGCUAAACGACAGAAAAUGGAAGCAAGUUGUUCAGCCGAUAAACAGAAUAAGCAAGUGGCGACGAACGUGUACGAACAGGUUCAUCAUGUGAGCCGUGAUAAACGUGGGCAGGUGAUGGGAACCCGUGGCGGGUUCAGGGGUUGCACCGUAUGGUUUACAGGUCUAUCCGGUGCUGGAAAAACCACCAUUAGCUUUGCCCUGGAGGAGUAUCUUUGCCAUCGUGGUAUCCCAUCAUACUCAUUGGACGGAGACAAUCUCCGAAAAGGUUUGAAUAAGAACUUAGGCUUUACUCCAGAAGAUCGGGAGGAAAACAUUCGCCGUGUCAGUGAGGUGUCGAAGCUGUUUGCCGAUGGUGGUGUUGUCUGCUUGACUUCGUUCAUUAGCCCCUACGCAAAGGAUCGUGACCAAGCCCGAAAGGUCCAUGAAGACAAUGGUCUGAAGUUCUUUGAGAUCUUUGUGGAUACACCCUUGGAUGUUUGUGAGUCGAGAGAUGUGAAAGGCCUGUACAAGAAAGCCAGAGCUGGAAUUAUCAAAGGUUUCACUGGUAUUGACAGCAAGUACGAGGCCCCAGAGAAGCCAGAUAUUGUGUUGCAUGCUGGCAGAGAUGGCAUUGACACGUGUGUGCAAGAUGUUGUCAAGCUCCUACAGUCCCACGAGAUCAUUCCUGAAUCAGCAGUAGAGGCAGUGAAGGAAUUGUUUAUUCCAGCUGAUAGAGUUGAGGAAGCAAGACAAGAAGCCGAGUCACUACAAUGCCUCAAUAUCACUAAGUUGGACACCCAAUGGCUUCAAGUUCUCUCAGAAGGUUGGGCUUCACCACUGAAUGGUUUCAUGCGAGAGAGGGAGUACUUGCAGUGCCAGCAUUUUGGCUGUCUCCUGGAUGUUGGCAGCAAUAUGCUAACAAUUAAUGGAACAGUGGAAGCAUUGAAGAGGAAAGUGCAAAAUAUACGAGGGAUGACGAACCAGUCAAUUCCAAUUGUGCUACCAGUUAGUACAGAAGAUAAAGAACGUCUUGAGAAAACAGAGGCAUUUGCAUUGGCUUACGAAGGCAAGCGACUUGCUAUUCUGCGUACCCCAGAAUUUUACGAGCACCGCAAGGAGGAACGUUGUUGCAGACAGUGGGGAACCAACCAUCCAGACCACCCGUACAUUAAGAUGGUACAUGAAAGUGGUGAUUGGUUGGCCGGUGGUGACAUUGAAGUUCUGGAGAAAAUCACAUGGAACGAUGGUCUUGAGGAGUAUCGUUUGACUCCUAAUCAACUGCGUGCUAAAUUCCAUGAGAUCGGGGCUGAUGCUGUGUUCGCAUUCCAGCUUCGUAAUCCAAUCCACAAUGGACAUGCUCUGUUGAUGCAAGACACUAAAAGAACCCUGCUUGAAAGAGGUUAUAAGAAGCCUGUCCUUCUGUUACAUCCACUAGGUGGAUGGACAAAGGCUGAUGAUGUACCACUACAUAUUCGUAUGAAACAGCACCACGCAGUUAUGGAUGAGGGUGUGUUAGAUCCAAACACUACUGUGCUAGCAAUCUUCCCAUCUCCAAUGAUGUACGCAGGACCAACAGAAGUUCAGUGGCAUGCUAAGGCACGUAUGGCAACCGGUGCUAACUUCUACAUUGUAGGCCGUGAUCCCGCAGGCAUGCCUCAUCCAGACAAAACACGGGACUUGUACGAGCAUUCUCAUGGCAGAAAGGUUUUAACAAUGGCACCUGGUCUAACACAGCUUGAGAUCAUUCCAUUCAGAGUAGCUGCCUACAACACAAAGAAGAAGAGUAUGGACUUCUUUGACCCAGAAAAGAAAGAAGAUUUCGACUUUAUAUCAGGCACUAGAAUGCGUAAGAUUGCACGUGCCGGGGAAAACCCACCAUCUGGGUUCAUGGCUCCAAAAGCUUGGUCCGUACUCGUUGAAUACUACACAUCCCUUGCGAAGCAGUAGAUACAUCUCAAGCCUUCAAAAGGAAAUAUAUAUAUCUAGUAGCUUUCCCUUCAUACCAUGUUAAGAUAAUUCCUUAACAUUUGUUUUCAGUCAAACACAAAUAUUCAAUUCUUGUAGACAUAUAUUUUUAUCGCUGAUAUUAUUAUGCUUUAUAAAAUAUCAUUAAAUCAAAGAAUUACUUGUAGACAUGUAUCGCUGAUAUUAAUAUGCUUUAUAAAAUAUCAUUAGAUCAAAGAAUGACAAUAUUUUUAACUGUAUCAAGCAAGAUGAUAGUAAUUAUUGUACUGAUAUUGUUAGCCUUUCAUUCAACAAUUUGUAAUGAAAAUAUUCUCAAUGAAUUGUAUCAAUUCUGCACCAAAUUGCAGAUCUUCCGAAUAUGUAAAUGUAAUUCUAAGCCAAUAUGAUUUUUUUUUUUAAAUUAAAGAGUGUAAAUCAUUUUAAUGAAAUUAAUGUAUUAAUCUUAAAAUAUUUGCAAGAAAUGAGUAAUGUCUGUUAAUAUUAAUUUUCCUGGUGAGAUUUGUAUUUCUGUUCUGCAAUAAUUUUAACAAUUGUGGUGUUUUUUAUCCUAUUUUUAAUUAAUUUUAGUUGUCACUGUAUUCAUAUUUUGUUUUCAUUAAUAUGUGGACAUAAAUGUUCUUCCUUGGACCAUAUAAUAAAAAAAUAGCUUUAUGUCUGGACCAUGUUAUAAAGGCUUCAUCAGUUAAAUGUACGCAUUUGAAUGAGGCACUCAGGACCAUCGUAAUUCAGUAAGGCGUCGUAUUGGUAACGUCAAAGAAAUUAAAUAGGGCCUUUAUGAACAAUACAGGUAAUAAAUGAUUUUUACAUGGUGGAGUAGAUGUAAAGAAAUUAUAUUUGAAUGGAAUUGUUUAUACAGUACAUGCAAUAGAAUCAUGAAAAGUAUUUAAAAUUAUCUAAAAUCUAAGAAUGAUAAUAAAUUCUUUCUAUGUUGACCUAAUAA